UCUGAUGAUGAUGUACUGAGGCAGACUCCACAAUCUGAGAGAACCCAGUCCAGAACUCGAGAUAGCCUAGCUACCGGCCAGCCGGCGAUGCAGCCGGCCAUGGCGCCGGUGCACGUGCUGGUGUUCCCGUGGCCGAUGCAGGGCCACAUCAACUCCAUGCUCCAUCUCACAGCGGGUCUCCUCGGCGCCGGCCUCCACAUCACCUUUCUCCACACCGACCACAACCUCCGCCGCGUUGACCGCGCCAACGCGGCCACCUCGCCGCGCCUCCGUCUCAUGUCCGUGCCGGACGGCCUCCCUGACGACCACCCCCGCUCGGUGUACGACAUCAAGGAUCUCGGCAGGUCCCUGCGGACGACUGGCUCCGUCGCGUACCGUGCUCUCCUCGCCUCGCUGCUGGUCGACGACGCCGCUGGCUUCCCCAAGCUGUCGUGCGUCGUGGCAGACGGCCUGCUGACGUUCGCCACCGACAUCGCGGAGGCUCUCGGUGUGCCGGCGCUCCCGUUCCGCACGGAGAGCGCGUGCAGCCUCCUGGCCUACCUCUCCGUGCCCAGACUGGUGGAGCUCGGCGAGGUUCCCAUCCCUGUAGGCGCCGAACUCGACGACGCUCCCGUCCAUGGCGUCCCGGGCAUGGAGGGCUUCCUGCGGCGGCGAGACCUUCCAAGCUCUUGCCGCCGUCACGCCGAGACCCACGACGUGGACCCCAUGCUGCAGGUUUUCGUCAGCCACACCGCUCACAGCUUCGGGGCGCGGGCGCUCAUACUCAACACGGCCGCGUCGCUGGAGCGGUCGGCGCUGGCGCACAUCGCGCCGCACAUGCGCGACGUCUUCGCCAUAGGCCCUCUCCACGCCAUCUCGGCGGCGGCAAUGGCGCUGCCGAGGACCAGCUUGUGGCGCGAGGACGACGGUUGCAUGACGUGGCUCGACGGGCACGCGGACCGGUCCGUCGUGUACGUGAGCUUGGGGAGCCUCACCGUCAUUUCUCUGGAGCAGUUCACCGAGUUGCUGUCCGGGCUCGUCGGCGCCGGCUACGCGUUCCUGUGGGCGCUCCGGCCCGACAUGGUGGGGGCGAGCCCCAAGGAAGCCGUCGAGGCGGCGGGGAACGGCGGCAAGGCGCGCAUCGUGGACUGGGCGCCGCAGCGGGACGUGCUGCGGCACCCCGCCGUGGGGUGCUUCCUGACCCACGCCGGGUGGAACUCCACGCUGGAGGGCGUCGUCGAGGGCGUGCCGCUGGUGUGCUGGCCCUUCUUCAUGGACCAGCAGAUCAACAGCCGCUUCGUGGGCACCGUGUGGGGGAACGGACUGGACAUGAAGGACGUGUGCGAGAGAGCCGUCGUGGAGAGGAUGGUGAGGGAGGCCAUGGAGUCCGGCGAGCUAAGGACGUCGGCUCAAGCGCUGGCACAACAGGUGAGGAGGGACGUCGCUGAGGGGGGCUCGUCCACCACCGAGUUCCACCGGCUCGUCUCCUUCAUCAAGCAGCUCAGUUGCUCGUGAUGUUUUUUUUUCUUUGUUUUUUAAAAGGAAAACGCUUCGUUUCAGCCCACCGAUCGAGGAUCUCAGAAAAUCGAUCGUUCCUUCCUAUCGGAAUUGCGACCUGCACAUGGAUGGGCCAACCUUGCCUUAGGGCAUCUCCAACCGGGCGACAUAUAUUUAUGUCGUUUGCGUCGGUCACGGACAUAAAAAAACGUCCGCAUAUCCGCAUGCGUCUGCCCCUUCUCCAGCGGCAGAGACGCAUUUAUUUGACCGCAUGCGUGAUUAGAGAGGAGAGAUGGAAAGA